AUGUCAAAACCAGACAUCUCACAAGAGGCCUUAGACCGUGUGUUGUCUUUAAUGCCUCGAAUUGCAUGCAAUUCGCUCAUUCACCAAAACGCCAUCAAAGAACUCAAAGACUAUUUUUCAACAUUUGAUGUCUCAACACUCAACUCCAAAUUUGCACAAGCCUAUAUCAACGAAACCUUUCCAGCACUCGUCGCAUUUAUCCAUGAGGACCCUAUAACAGACGUAUUUUUUCUUUAUGAAAUAUUAGUGAUGAUGUCUAUCAAAUUCAGUAACAGUGUUACCUCAGCAGCGAAAACUAUUCUGUUAGAUUCAGUGCGCUCAAUACCAGAAGUUAAAAGGUGUUUCAUCACAAAUGUACACAACUUUGUUGGGAUGUAUGGAAGAACUGACCAAAUAUCGUUAUUCAAGUCGAUAGGAUACUUCGACUUUGAAUUACUCGAGCCCAUAUUACACCCAAAGACGGUAUCAGAGUUUAAUGAAAUCAAAGACAUGAUUGUACAGAUGUUGCCAGACAACCAAGAGAAUGUCAUUCAACUGUUAUUUGACUAUCUCAAAAAUCCGGUGUUAAAAAUCACUGUUGGGAAUUUUAUUGAGAAGGAAGUGGCCUCGAAUGAGAAACUCAAAAGCAUGUUGGCCACAAUCGAACCAACAUCCCCAACGGAUCUCAAGCUGUUAAUUAAAUCUGAAAAUUACAACGCGGAGAAAGUGAACGACUUUUUGAAUGAUCAAUUCAUCACAGAGUACUAUGGUGGUCUCAAAGACUUUACUGUUAAAAAGUGCGAAUUGCUCUUUGCGAUGUUGUACGCCCGUUUUGUGAUUAAAAUGGAAGACUUGAAGGAAGGUGUUGCUGAUGCUGUUGGUGCGUUUCUACUUCAAAUAGUCACAACUGGAAUUAUUAAAGAAACAAAUUGUGAGGAAGUUACUGAACUCGAAGAAUCCAUAUUCGUUGUGAUAAAGAAACAGGCGACAUUUCCUGUUGAAGAGUAUCGAGAGUGUAUCAUACAAAAUGCGUUGUUGUUAAUCAAAAAGUAUAUUGAAAUGAAUGUUGACUCAUGCUUUGAAGCAAUUAACGAAUUGUGGGAUAUCAUCACAAUAUGUAAAGAGCAGAAUUACAUCGAAAAUAUUAUAAGAGUCUUUGACACACUCAUCUGUGGCCAAGACCAAACACUUUCUGAAUUUCUUGUUGUUGUCUUGACCGAAAGACUUGAUGUGAUUAACGUGAAAUACUUUGACUCGGUUGUCGGAGCCGAUUUGUUGAUUCAUUUGAUUGAGAAAAUAUACUCCCUUGAGAAGGAGAAAAAGGGGUAUAAAUUGUUUACUGGUAUUAAAACGAUGGAGUGGUUUUUCAGAGUCGAAAAGUUGUGUGAAAUGAUGACACACACUGCAGCAAAAAGGAACAUUCAGACAUUCACCGAAAACGUUUAUUGUGCUGCGGAUGUCAUUGAAUCGACUGAUACACUUUUCUUGAAAUUGUUUGAAGAGAAGAACGAGAAAAGAAUUCUUCUUCUUCAAAAGGUAUUAUAUUGUGAAGGUGGAAGUAAACACAAGAGUUGUCAUAUUAGAAAAGUAAAAUAUCAAAUUCGUACGUUGGAGAAUCAAAUUGAGAACGUCACGGUCACACCAGAGACUCUUGUGAGUGAAAUACUUGAGAGAAUGCGCUGUAUAUCGAGUGGCGUGAUUUUAACGUCUUCAAUUCAAGAAACCCCGGGGUACCAAAACAUCCAAAUUGGGCAAAUGAAAACUCCCGUAACAGAAGAACUCUGCGUGGAACAGUUUUUUGUUGAAGAAGAAAAGGGUGUUAAAGACGAAACAAAAACUCUUUUACCACAAUUCAAAUUUUUGUGCCAAGUAAAAGAAGACGACAUCAAAGCAGUUGUUGACAAGUGUUUGGUGUCUCGAGAAAAGGCACUUUCCACAUUACAAAGUUUUGGAGAUGUCGAGAGUGCAUCAAAGUAUUUACUUGGCAACACUAAAAACGAACUACAAGCGGCACUUGGGACAAACCACGAUUUGUUGAUGACCUACAAAAACAUCGACGAAUUAAUCAAAGGUAAAAAGUCGAAAACAACCGACUUACUCAACUCUAAAAGUUUCAAUGAGAAUGUCAACAAACUCUUUUCAUUCAUCGACUCUUCUGAUGACAAACUGGCAAAAAGUUGUCUAGAAUUGUUAGACAACAUCCCCAAAGUGAAGUUCAUUUUGAAUAAAAUUGAGUUAAUACAAAGUGGAGUUGAAACAGUAACAAAGGGAAGCGAACUUGUUUUCAUUUUAGAAGAGCUUCUCUCUACACAAAAUCUCACAGCGAAUACAAUAAAUUGGGUUUAUAAUGUAUUCGAGGAAACACAAAGCUCACACGUCGCUGAUUUGUCACUUCGAAUAUUUCUGAAAUAUAAAAAAGCUGAGAUGGUCGUCUUUCAACAACAAAACGAGUUGAUAAGCAAAAGUCUGAAUCUGUUACAGAGCAACAACACACAAUUGGAAUCAUUUGAUCUGGUGCUUUCUCUGGCCGAGUUUUGUGAAGAUGGGCAAUACAUCGUUGACGGGUCAGUUUUUGACAGGAUUUACACGAUUCUCAACACCAUUUUCGAAUUGAGUAAAGACGAAAACAAUGUUGUUUUGUUGCUCUCAAAUGUGAUUCGGAUCUUCGUGAAUAAUUUGUUUGUGUCUAAGAACUUCUCGAACAUAUCAAACCACAUGGAAGAGCUUCUUGAAGAGUUGACCAAAGAAGAGAAUGAGAUCAUUGGCAGCGAGAAAUACAUUCUGUUGAUCGAGAUUAUAAAAUCGAUACUUUCAAUUCCAGAGAGUCACCCAUUCCAAGAAAAAGUGAAAGACCAUGUCAAGUCUCUGCUUACAACAGUUCGAGAAGAAAAGAACAAGAAGUCAUAUGGUGUGCCAUAUUGUCUGAAAUUGUUGGAACUUUUUUACAAAACAAACGUGAUCGAUCAGAAGGAUGUGAUUAACUUGUGCAAAGUGAUGGCUAUGAAAUGUUGUAAACAAGUCGAUUUCAUCAGUUAUCCAUCCAGACACGCACUGGCUUGCUUUAUGAAUAUGAUAAAAAAGGACGAGAACGUCUGGAAAGAGAUACUGCCUGUUUUCGAGGAUCAAAUGUCACAAGAUAUCACACCCGUCGAUUAUGUGCCGAAAAGCCCAUUACAAGAGAAAGGAAUAGUUGGGUUGCACAACCUGGGUUCAACGUGUUACAUCAAUGUUGUCAUCCAGUUGUUGUACAAUAUGACCACUUUCAGAGAAGAGAUACUUGCUUAUUCUUGUGACAGUUUGGACAAAGUUAGAACCACCUCUUUUAAUAAAGAGAAAAAAGAUCAAAAGAAAAAUAAAGUUUCAAACAACAAUGCGGCAACCUACAACAACAAGUGCAAAGAAAAGACAAGCGAACUCGAAAAUGUGGACCCAGCAGUGACUGUUCUUCGUCAAUUGCAAACCCUUUUCUUGCAAAUGAAGUCUGGACAAUCUGCUUCCUUGUCGCCAAUUAUGUUGAUUGAGUCGAUCCAAAAUUAUAAACACCGUGAUGACCUCAAAAAGACUCAACACGACGCAGGCGACUUUCUGAUGUUACUCCUUGAUUGUAUUGAAGAAGCUGUAAACACCAAAGCUGUGUUUGACGAUUUUAAAUGCGUUAUGGACGAGUCAAUUAAACGGACAGAUGAAGCACAGACCCUCAUCUCAUCUCGCAUAACUGACACUCGUAUGCUAUUCCUCCCUGUUGAGAAGAGCCUCCAAUGUUCUCUUGCUGCUUACUUUAAGGACGAGACUUUCACUGGCGAAAAUAAGAUUCGUCUUGAAAGCGGAGAAUUGGUUGAAGCAACAAAACAUGUUUCGUUUAAGAACACACCAAACUACCUAUUGUUCCAAAUUAAUAGGUUUUUCAUUUCAACGGAUUUGACGGCACAAAAGAACGACUCGGAGUGCUCCAUCCCUGAGACUAUUACCUUGGAUCAUUGCAACGACACCAAGACUUACCAUCUGCACACAAUAGUCACACAUUUUGGCAGUGUAAACGCCGGGCAUUACAUUUGUUUUACAAACACGCCUUCUGGGUGGAUAGAGUGCAAUGAUUAUAACGUCCUCCCAAUAACACAAGACAACGUCAUGGAGCGGAGUGUCGGUGGUCCUGGUAAAUCUUCUGCAUAUAUUUUGGUUUAUUCCGCCACCGCAAUUAACAAAGACAUCAAAAUCUCAAUCACAAAGGAGAUUGACGAGGAGAGAGAGAGGUUGGCGAAAAGUGUGUGUGGCAAUGACAUUGAUUUAUUCAAAAUAGUCUUUGGUGGGAAAUUAUCGCAAUUUGUCAUUCGUUUCGUGCUCGACAGAAUCAGAUUAGGUCGCGAGAAUCUUCUUUAUUUAGUAGAUCCUCUCAUUAUCAAAAUAAAAGAAAGUCAGACAUACACGAAUGACUUUAGUGACGUAACGAAAGAUCUUGAUGCAAAAUUUUUCGUAUCAACAAGAAGCAAAAACAUCCGACGACGAUUUAGCGAAAUAGUAAACUAUCUUGUAAAUUAUAGCUCGGAAAAUAGUAUUCUCACUUUUUCCGAAAAUUUGUUGGAACAGAUUUUGGUGACACGUGCUGACGGGUCGUGCGUUGACGACUACUUCUUGCUUCUCACCUCAUUGUGCAAUCACGAAAAUGUCAGAACGGUCCUUGUUCAAACGAAAGGACUAUUUGAGAAAUUGGCUUUUUAUCUCCAAGGAAAAGACGACAAAACGAUUUACCAGACGAUUUCAGGAGAUUAUACAUUUUCGUCACUCAUCAGAUUACUUCUCACAAUUGUUGAGGCGGAACGUGGGCUGAAAUAUGCGACGAAAACUACAAUCAUAACGAGUUUGAGCCUUGACUUUACUGGCAAAACGUCCAAUAUAAAAACGUCCGAUAUAACACGACUAUUGAAACAUCUUUGUAGGAACAACCUGGAGAAUUCGACCUUUGUGGUUUCGAAGUUGCGGGGCGGAAUCAACUUGAUCAAACAAAAGAACGAACCCAAAGUCGAUAAAGAACAUUUAUUGGUUUUACUCGACAUGGCUUGCUCGUGA